AUGAUCAAGCUCCAUUCGACGCUAUAUCAUACAAACACUGCGUUCGCCGAUGUCGGAGAUAUUAUUGGAAAAGACGAUUUAAAUAAUAGGACGACAGAGAAAGCAUUGGUUUGGGACUCGAGUCAACCCCUGUAUGUCUAUCGGGAGGAAUCGGUUAUGUCUCUAACAGACUAUAUGUCAUAUACUGGAGGACUGUUUGGCCUAUGGUUUGGCACUAAUGGCAAAGACUUUGUUAUUCGUAUAAUUGAGAGUCGAUUCUGGACUUUAUCACUAAUUAUUAUCAAGUGCAUCAAAUAUAUUGACGGGAAGUGUGACUAUUGGCGCAAACAAGGCGUACGGACAGCGAGUGUCAGUCUAUGGACACGACUCACGAAACGGUGGUUCGAUUGGGAACGGGAUCUCUACGUCCGUAACGGCAAGUGUUUCGGUGUC